AUGAGACCAGCAUUGUGCCAGUGGCGGCGUUGCGAGGCGGCAACCACGAUGCGACGGGGCGGCGUGACUAGGUGGCUGAGAUCGACAGCGACCGGAGCGAGUGGAACGACUACCGUUCGAGGCGCCGGUGUGAUGUGUUUUGUGGUAGAAGAUCUCCGACCUCCAGGUACAGUCGUCGCCGUGUGUCUCGCUGGAGGAGACGACCUUCUCGUCGGAUUUGAGCGGCGGGAAUCGGUGGAAGAAAAAAGGGCGGAGUUGACACCGGCGUUCUCGACCGUCAACGAUCGACGGCGGCGUUCGGCGGUAGACGCUUCACGGCUUCAGACAGCCAUUCAAUUGCAGAGUCCGGCAACAACGAUCCGAUGCAGAUUCCAGUCGCCAGAUUCCGUCACCGCCGUCCGCCACCAAGUCCGAGGCUUCAAACCCACCGCCGCACCUUCAUCCCUUAGGCGGCAACCGCUUCAGGCCAAUCUACUUCGACUGUUCAGGAGACAUCCGCGGCCAAGACACUUCUCCAAUUGA